AUGUUUGUUUCACCACCACCAGCAACUUCUUCUUCAAGACUAUUUAGUAGUAGUGAAGGUUUAAUAGCUAAAAAGAAAUCGAAUAAUAACAAUAACAUAGUCAAUAAUAUUGGACAACAAAGACAACAACGUUUAGAUUCUAUUUCUGAGAAUAGUGUAUUGGAUAAAUGGGAUCAGAACAGUGGAUGUGCCAGUAGUAUCAAUGGUUCUAUUGGCUCCACUAAUAGCAAUGGAAGUGCCAAAGAAAAAGAUUUCAUCAAUGCUCCACCAGAAUAUGCUAGUAGGGCUAGGGAUGAAAUUAGGAAAAGAUUGUCUUCUCCUAAUUUAAGUAAUAAUGGUGGUACUGAUAAUAAUAGCAAUCUACGGCGCAUGAAUAGCCAUAGGAGUAGCAGAAGCACGAAUAGCAGCAAUCAUAGCAUGUUAAGUGAUCAAUCUAAUAUAGUGGCACCCAGUAUUAAAAGUAAUGCUUCUUCUAGUUUAUUUUCUGUGGCACAAUCAAGUAUUUUAUCGAGUGUGGAUUCCUCGUCUUCAAUUAUUGGGUAUAAUAAACCACCCUUACUUAUUUCAUUACAGGAAGCAUUACCUCAAUCUUUUGUUGAUAUGUAUUUUCCUGAGGUAUUAAUGGAUCCAUCCAACUUAUUAAGCAAUGGUAGACCCAAAUUUACCAAAAGGGAAUUAUUGGAUUGGGACUUAAAUGAUAUAAGGAGCUUGUUAAUAGUUGAUAAAUUACGUCCUGAAUGGGGGAACCAAAAACCAAUAAUAGAUUUCCCUGUGGGAAGUAACGGUGUCGCAGCAAACAAGCAAUUCCCUAAUUUUAGUAUAACGGUGUUGCCUUUAGACAGUCCUGAUGAGGUUAUUAUAUCUACAUUGGUUCAAUCUGAUUUAUAUAUUGAACAUAAUUUAGAUAUAGAGUUUAAAUUAAUGAGUGCAAAGUACACUGUGCAAGCGGCAAGAAAAAGACACGAAAGUUUGCGCAAUGGUGUAAAGGAGCCUAUAAUGUAUUUGAGUAAGCCUGAAUGGAGGAAUAUCAUUGAGAACUAUUUAUUGAACAUAGCUGUUGAAGCCCAAUGCAGAUUUGAUUUUAAGAAGACAUGCAAUGAAUAUAAAAAAUGGAAGAUUGAGAGGAAUAAUAGUGUAUUACACCGACCAGAUAUGCCGCCUCCAUCGUUUAUACCGCAAGCUGGUAAUAAAAAGUCUGCUGGUAGUAAUAACGGGACUUGUAGUUUGUUGAAAAGGGCAUUGUUAAAAAACUCAUUAAAAUGUGGUAGCAUGGACCUACCGCAAACUAAUACCAAUAAUAAUAUGAAUAUGAAUGUUAACAAGGUUUCACUAACCAAAGAGGAGAAGGGUAUGAUAUGGCAUCAAGUGCAAACUGAUGUCUACCAAAGGUUAGGUUUGGAUUGGAAACCAGAUAAUAUGAUCUAA